UACCGUAGCCUCUUCGGUAGACACGGCCCUCUUUUAAAGUUCCUGGGGGAAGAGUGAAGGGAACCGGACAAACCGAAGGAAAGGGGCCAAGAUUGAGCUCAAAGGAUAAUUAUUCAUACAUUAUUUACCCCAGGAGGACUGCUGUUAAACCGAAGACAAGGUGCUACACGGAAACCAAGGUCUUGACUGCCCGAGAACGUCAGAAAAUAAAGAAAAUGGCGGAGCCAGACAAAUUAAACAUCGACUCUAUAAUUCAGCGUCUCUUGGAAGUCAAGGGCUCUCGACCAGGGAAGAAUGUCCAGCUGACAGAGAGUGAGAUCCGUGGCCUUUGCCUGAAGUCCCGUGAAAUCUUUCUGAGCCAGCCAAUCCUGCUUGAACUAGAGGCACCCCUCAAAAUCUGUGGUGAUGUCCAUGGCCAGUACUAUGAUCUGCUCCGGCUGUUUGAAUAUGGAGGCUUCCCCCCAGAAAGCAACUACCUGUUCCUGGGUGACUAUGUAGACAGAGGGAAGCAGUCACUGGAGACCAUCUGCCUGCUUCUAGCCUACAAGAUCAAAUAUCCAGAGAAUUUUUUCUUGCUGCGUGGAAACCACGAAUGCGCUUCUAUUAAUCGAAUCUACGGUUUUUAUGAUGAGUGUAAGCGACGGUAUAACAUUAAACUGUGGAAGACCUUCACAGACUGCUUCAACUGUUUACCUGUGGCUGCCAUCGUAGAUGAAAAAAUCUUCUGCUGUCAUGGAGGCCUCUCUCCUGAUCUUCAGUCUAUGGAGCAGAUCCGCAGAGUAAUGCGACCCACAGACGUGCCUGAUCAGGGUUUGUUGUGCGACCUGCUGUGGGCAGACCCAGACAAAGAUGUGCUGGGCUGGGGUGAAAACGACCGCGGUGUCUCCUUCACAUUCGGGGCAGAUGUGGUGGCCAAAUUUUUGCACAAACACGACAUGGACCUAAUAUGCAGGGCGCAUCAGGUGGUAGAAGACGGUUAUGAGUUUUUUGCAAAGAGGCAACUCGUCACCUUAUUCUCUGCUCCCAACUACUGUGGAGAGUUUGACAAUGCCGGUGCCAUGAUGAGUGUGGAUGAGACACUCAUGUGCUCCUUCCAGAUUCUGAAGCCAGCAGACAAGAAAUUGUAUCCUUAUGGCGGAGGGGCAGGAAUGGGAUCUGGGAGGCCAGUCACCCCCCCACGAAAUUCAGCCAAGGCCGCCAAGGCCAAGAAAUAACAGCCGCUGGACCCCCCUCNCGCCCAACGCUCUUUUUUCCUCUACCUCCCAAACUUGGUUCUCCCUCGUCACCAAACGGCAACAAAGCAGACAAGUGUCCAGGGUUCAGUCAUGUUUCUUCUCGCUCGAAAACUAUUUUUUAACUGUUUGGCUGUUUGCGUGCACUUUUGAGAGUGUGUAAAAAGAAAAAAAAAGUGAGAAUGAUACAGAGGGAAUUGCUGUAUUCUGUAUGUAUGUUUUUAUUUUCUUCCUCCUGUACCCUCUGUUCUGUUCUCCUGUCAUUUUAUAGAGAUGGCUUUGUGCCCAUCUGUGAUGUAAUUUCCAACUUGGGUGCAGGGGAGGAGGGGAAGGGGCAGAGAGAAAGAGGAGCCUUCGCUGUUUAUGUUAAGGCCCUGCACUGUUUAAUGCUAAACACAAGCUUUUGUACAUCCUGUUUCGGAGGUCUGUGUGUAUGUCUGUGUGAUGGGUGGGGAGGGGGCGGACGGAUGGGGGGGUGGGAUCAAGUUGCACGGUCAAACGGUAACGGCACAUACCACACACGCGCGCACACACACACACACACACACACACACACACUGGGCACACAGGCGGAUAUACGGUAUGUGCAGGUGAAUCCUUGAAUCAAAUGGAUUCACAAUAAAAUAUUUUUUUCUCUUUUCCUUUUUGAAAACCAAUGAUUUAAGAACAGUCAUGGAUGUGAAGGGUUUUUUUGUAGAUACAUGAAAUCAACAUGGUUUGAUUUCUUUUCCUUUUCUUGUUUUUAGUUCACUGAAAGCUGAAGAUGAAUAAAAAUAACCAUUUAUUUGAA